UACUACUUGCAUCGUCCACCGCCAUGUCCGACCUCAAAGUUGACGGCUUCAAGUCCUCUGCCUUCCUCGCCGCCCUUGGCUCGUCCUUUGCGGCGUACACCGACGCCGAGAAGAAGAAUCAGAUCAAAAAGACCAAUGGUGUCUUUGAGCUGCAAGUGACGAACGGCGAGGGUAAGAAGGCAGUCUGGACCAUCGACCUGAAGAAGAAGGGUGAGGUUACAACGGGGCCGCCUCCAACGAAAGCCGACAUCAUCAUUACUGUUUCCGACGAUACUUUGGCGGAUCUGGCGUCAGGCAAGCUCAAUGGCCAAAAGGCGUUCAUGACCGGAAAACUCAAGACAAAAGGAAACAUUAUGCUUGCAACCAAACUUGACGCUGUGCUGAAGGAGGCCAAAGCUAAGCUAUAGUGUAUACCGCUUUCUACCAUCUCGCCGUACAUACCGUCAGCGAGGAUGAAAUGUACCGCUCGUGAAUUAGUGAGUGGGAGACAUGAACACCGAACAAAAACAAAGUAUAAGGCAAUAAAAUAUCCACGUUAGAGUCAUCAGAACAUGCUUCCGAACAAACCACGCUGUCGACG